AUGGGAGGAACUGAGUUACUUAUCGAGAUCGUCGAUAGAGACAAUGUUAAAGCCCAUGCUCACUAUAAAGCAUUUGCAAUAGGAUCUGAAGCAGAGGGUUAUAAUUUGAGUGUGUUGAGAGAUUGCACUGGAGAUGCUGGUGACUCAUUAACUAUUCACCUGGGUGAGAAAUUCACAACCAAAGACUUUGAUCAAGACAAGCAUGCACAAAAUUGUGCUGUUUUCACUGUAAAAAAUCUUAAGAGAGUGAAUAAAUACAAAUUAUUAUAUUCAACAGAGCUUCCUAUCUCGGAAAAAGGAAAUAAAUGCCCAGACGACAGCAGAUUGCUAAAUGAUGAUGAUUCAUUACUAGAGAAACUAGAGAAUUUGAUGUUUUCGCAAAGGUCACCGAAUUGCAAAUUUUUAGUAGGAGUUGAUAAAUCUCCUUUUUGUUAUCAACAUGUCAUGGAAAAACCACUUCCAAAAAGUUGUAGGGAGAUACAAAUGAAUGGAAACAACGUUUCUGGAAUAUACGAAAUUCAACCAAAAAUGUCCAAAACAUCAAUAAUGGUUUUAUGUGACAUGGAAACGAUGGGUGGUGGAUGGACGCAUAUACAAAAGCGAUUUGAUGGUUCUCAAGACUUUUUUUUGGGCUGGCGAGAGUAUAAAUUUGGAUUUGGGAACCUCAAAGGAGAGUUUUGGCUGGGACUUGAGAAUAUAUAUCUAUCGACAGCUAUGGGAGGAACUGAGUUACUUAUCGAGAUCGUCGAUAGAGACAAUGUAAAAGCCCAUGCUCACUAUAAAGCAUUUGCAAUAGGAUCUGAAGCAGAGGGUUAUAAUUUGAGUGUGUUGAGAGACUGCACUGGGGAUGCUGGUGACUCAUUAACUACUCACCUCGGUGAGAAAUUCACAACCAAAGACUUUGAUCAAGACAAGCAUGCACAAAAUUGUGCUGUGUUAUUCA